GGAAGACCUGGCUGAGUUUGGCGAAGCAGGAGAUAGCUUCUGUGAAGGACUAUCUGCCAGGCUCCCAGAAAUCAUGUCAGUAGGAUCACAUUCAUCCUCCCCAGGAGGCCCUAAUGGGAUUAUUAGAAGUCAGUCCUUCGCUGGCUUCAGCGGUCUUCAAGAAAGACGAUCCAGGUGCAACUCCUUCAUUGAAAAUUCCUCUGCCCUCAAGAAACCCCAGGCAAAAGUGAAGAAGGCGCACAAUUUGGGGCACAAGAGCAACAGCACUCCUAAAGAGCCUCAGCCUGAAAGGAUGGAAGAGGUUUACAAGGCAUUAAAGAAUGGACUCGAUGAAUAUCUAGAAGUGCAUCAGACAGAGCUGGAUAAGUUGACUGCUCAGCUAAAGGACAUGAAAAGAAACUCACGCCUGGGGGUGCUGUAUGAUCUAGAUAAGCAAAUCAAAGCUAUUGAAAGAUAUAUGAGAAAGUUGGAAUUCCACAUCAGCAAGGUGGAUGAACUCUUUGAAGCCUACUGUAUCCAAAGACGGCUCCGUGAUGGUGCCAGCAAAAUGAAGCAAGCCUUUGGGCUGUCCCCUGCCAGCAAGGCAGCUCGGGAGAGUUUGUCGGAAAUCAGCAAAAGCUACAAAGAGUACACAGAGAACAUGUGUACUAUUGAAGGAGAGCUGGAGAAUCUAAUGGGGGAGUUCUGUAUCAAGAUGAAAGGCUUAGCUGGCUUUGCUCGACUUUGUCCUGGAGACCAGUAUGAGAUUUUCAUGCGGUAUGGCCGACAGAGGUGGAAGCUGAAAGGCAAAAUCGAAGUCAACGGCAAGCAAAGCUGGGAUGGAGAAGAAAUGGUCUUCCUACCCCUUAUUGUUGGGCUGAUCUCCAUUAAGGUCACAGAAGUUAAAGGCCUCGCUACUCACCUUCUGGUGGGAAGCGUUACCUGUGAAACAAAAGGUUUGUUUGCUGCUCAGCCUCAGGUUGUCGCUGUGGACAUUAAUGACCUUGGUACAAUAAAGCUGAACCUGGAAAUAACUUGGCACCCAUUUGAUGUUGAGGACGUGACCCCAUCUACAAGCAACACAAACAGAGCAUCUGCUCUCCAGAGAAGGAUGUCCAUGUAUAGUCAAGGUACUCCAGAAACUCCAACCUUCAAGGACCACGCCUUCUUUAAAUGGCUACAUCCUCCACAAGACAGGUUCCAGUUUUCCAUUGUAGAUGCUCUGCAGGACACUUUCUUUGACAAGCUGCGUCGCAGUCGCUCCUUUAGUGACCUGCCGUCUCUCAGGCUGAGGCCUAGAGCUGGGCUAGAACGAUAUUCAAAUUUACAUGAUGAUGUCUUUGAAAAUGGAACAACAGAAGUUGAGCAACGGUCAAUGUCUUUCAGCUUCAAUGAUAUUUCCAAUGGAGAUUGCACUCAGUCGUCCAGUUCUCUUGGUUCCUCUUCUGCCACGGAUAAUUUUAAUCCUGAAAUUACUGUCACACCUCCAGAACAUAAUGGGCAGAAGUCAUCAAAAACUCAUGCCAUGGACAGUAUCAGUACCAGCUCAUCAGUGGACUCUGCACCCGAAUAUAAGGACUUAAAGUCACAAGAACCUAUGCCCGUUAGUGAGGGAGAAAAGAUUUCUAAUAUAGAUUCUGAAGUUUGCCAAACAUCUCCAGUUUCCAGAAGCAACAAUCUUUUCUUAGAUAAUAGUGCCCCAGUAUCUCUUUUGCAGGACACAGAUGAAUUAUCAGAGCUCAAACCUGUCGAACUGGAUACUUUUGAAGGCAAUAUCACUAAGCAGCUUGUAAAAAGACUCACUUCAGGAGAGGGUCCUGCAACACCUGAAAAGCUGCAUUGUGAAGGAUCAAUAAGUGGAGAAUCUGAAGGUUAUAAAUCCUGUGUAGAUGGAAGCCUAGAAGAAGCAUUUCAGGGGCUGCUUCUAGCACUUGAACCCCAUAAAGAACAAUUUAAAGAAUUUCAGGAUUUGGACCAAGAAGUAACACACCUAGAUGAAAUUCUAAAAUGCCGACCAGCAGUAAACCACAGCAGGUCAUCCAGUUUAAGCCUAACCGUUGAAAGCGCUUUGGAAAGCUUUGAUUUCCUGAACACCUCUGAUUUCGAUGAGGAUGAGGGUGGCACAGAUGAGCUUUUCAGUGGUAGUGGUCGAAGGACUGACUCUGUCUUCUCAGACUCUGAGACUGAUAAAAACAGUUACAGGUCAGAACACCCAGAAGCCAGAGGGCACCUCAGUGAAGCGUUGACAGAAGACACAGGAGUUGGUACCAGUGUAGCUGGAAGCCCUCUCCCAUUGACCACAGGGAACGAAAGCCUCGAUCUUUCCAUAGUCAAGCACUUGCAGUAUUGCACACAGCUUAUCCAGCAAAUUGUGUUUUCCAGCAAAACUCAAUUUGUAACAAGAAACCUCCUAGAUAAACUAUCCCAACAGAUUCUAGUGAUUGAGUGUCUUGCAGAGAUCAGUAAUGAGAACAUGGGGAACAUCAGACCUAUAAGUGAAGAAAUCACAGAAUUUCAAAAAAGGAUUUCCCUGUCCUUCUGGAAUAAAUGUACAUCCCAUUCUUCUGGGAUUUACCACACCUCUGCAGACAAGCUGAUCAAACAACUGGACAUCACAUUCGCUGCAGCUGUGAAUGAGGCAUAUCCGGGGCUUGCAGAAACAGCGUUCAAAACUUUGGUGUCUCAUAUCUUGGACCGGGUGGAGCCUAUCCUCUCUUCUAGUCUAUCUUUGGAAAUCAUAACAGUCUUUCAGUACUACAACUAUUUUGCAAGCAAAAGCAUUACUGACCUGGGAAGCUAUUUGCUUCAACUUGCAAAAGAAGCGUCAACAGUUCAGACUCUGCAGUCCUUGAGAGAUGAAAAAUGCUUGCAGAAUGUGAUCCCAUUAACCGCCAUCAGUCUUCCACCUCAGCAAGAAAUACUGAAAUCUUUGGCUGUCCUCCUCCUAACGGAGAAUAAAAAGGAAACCUGCGAAGCUGUCGCAUCAAUCUUAUUAGCGGCUGCAGAAGACAAGCACUUCAGGGAAAAGGCUUUAAUUUAUUACUGUGAAACGCUUGCACAACCCAACCUCCACCUCCAGAAAGCAGCUUGCCUGGCACUCAAAUGCCUCCAGGCAACUGAAAGUAUUAAAAUGCUUGUCACACUUUGCCAGUCUGAUAAUGAAGAAAUGAGAAAAGUAGCCUCUGAAACCCUGCUCUCUCUUGGAGAGGACGGACGGCUGGCAUAUGAGCAACUAGAUAAAUUUCCCCGUGACUUCGUUAAAGUUGGCGGACGACGUGGGACGGAGGUGGCCACAGCCUUCUAAGUCUUCUGA